AUGUCGGGAGCAGAGACGAGCUCAGUGGGCGAGCUAAUAGAGCUUGUACUGCGAUCAGGAUCAGCUCCUAUCCCUGGGCAGCCUGCAGCAUCUUCCUCGAACGAGGUUCCAGAUACAGCAUCAACACCACGUCGCAAGAAAACCACAAAAGGGCUAUUAACAGGUCGUGGCGGCUCUUCUGGUGGCACCAAGACCAGGUCUCCGGGAGGACACCGUGGUGGAGGUGGCAGAACAUUGAGCAGGUUGAACACACCAAUCAAAAGGUCUGGCACUGAGGAUGGAACAUCUGAUGCAGACGAGUGUCCUCAACCCAAGAAAUCCAAGCCCGAUAAGUUACCACCUUAUAUCGUUGGAAUUGACCUAGGGAUGUGGGGAUUUGGACGAGCGAGCGCUCCUCAACAAUCAGAUCCAGCUAACGUGCAUGCCAGACAACAGUGGCCCGGCGUACGCAGCAAGGAGUCGAAAGCGCCAUCGAUGGUAGCCUUUGCGAGGGACAAUCCGGGCAACAGGCUCUUCACGGGUAACACUAAGGAGCUUGUAGGCUUUAAAGUCACAAAUGACAUGUCCUCAGUCUCGUUCUUUAAAGCAAGCCUGGAACAAAGAUCUCAAGCAGGCAGCUUUGACAAUCCGGUCCUGCGUGACCCGGUCGCCAACAACCUUAUCCGCUUUAGCAGCUCCACAAAGGAUGAAGAGGCAGCAAAAGCUGUUCUGAAGUACAUCUACGAAAUUGAGAUCCAGAAUGCCAAAACGAAGCUGAAAGAUGUCUUCAGCAGAACGCCGGUCAUAACAGUCCUUACUCAUCCAGCAGCAUGCAGUUUCCAGCGAAAACUCGAAGACAUUGCAAAGGAAGCUCGCGUGGCUUCUCGGAGAGGCGACAAGCUGCUACUCCUCUCUGAGUCCCAGGCCGCCGUGAUGGCAGGCUUUGUGAAUCACCUGACUGAGGCUGGCAGUGAGGCAUGGAAGACCGAUUUCAAAGUUGGUCAUCACUCCAGUACCAGGAGAUCGCUGCUGACUUGGACACAGGAAGGCGAACUGGUAACAGAACUCGACAUAGGAUCUCUAACCACCGACACCACAACAGAGAGAGUUCUGACGAAUGAUCCAACAUUGACCCUUAGAGAAGAGCUUCGAUCAGAAGGUGGUAGAUGUGGCACAAUAGCCCUCCAUCUUAUGCUCUUGCGAGCCAUAAUGCGAAAAUUCGGCAUUCAGGAGGACGCCAUUACUCCAGAGCUGGUGGGUCGUGGCUCGAAUUUUCACACAGAAUGCGAGGAAGAACUGGAGAUCUUUGGUGGUGCUGACAGUGGUGAUCGACACAGUUUUAGGCUCUCGCUAGAUCAGGCUCCUGACCAUGAUGAUUAUGACGAGGAAACUGAGGAGUGCGUCAUGAGCAGGUACAGUCCAUACUAUUCCCCAUGUUUUGCGAGACAAUAUGCUGAUCCAAGAAGUGGAGAGAUUGAUCAGGUGAUAGAAGAGUGGUUGGUCUAUCCUAAACAGAUUCUGACCGAUCAAUGGGUUCGAGCACAAGCAAACUUGGGCAAGAGAGUCCGGACUACCAUAAUUUCUGGUGGUGGGAGCUUAAUCGAAGCAGUCUUUGAAAAGCUUGAAGGAUUUUGCAAGAACUAUAAGUGGGCAAUCACCGCCAUUAGGCCAGGCGAUGCCAUAUCUGCCGUCAGCAGAGGAGCGGUAAUCAGCCAGCUCUGUCCUAACCUCUUAGGAGAGCGGGUGCUUCGCGCGAGUUUUGGUAUCAAGCUGAAUCACUUUGGUACAGACACCAUGAAGUGGCUCGAGAGCAAGGAUAACAUCAUCGAUUGUCGAAAGCCCAAGGUUCUCAAUGAGGCACCAGGCCAUCUUUCAUUCAAUCUCCACAAGAUGCUGAACGGAAUCUCAAAAUUUUGGCUCAAUGUGUAUAUGUUUGAUGGAAUGUCAAGCAACCCCUUGGACCCUGACGAUCAGCGCAUUGAACAUGUUUCCCAGAUAGUACUCGAUGCGUCAAAAUUUUCACAACCUUUGCGCUCGGCGCUCGAAGGCAGGCUCUCGGAGUACGAGGGCGACGACGUGAACGGUUCAUGUAUCGACGUUGCGAUUCGGUUGGGUGUCGAUGAGUCCGGCAAGCUGUAUUUCGAUGCCAAGUAUCAAACCUAUGUGCUUGGCAAGGGCGAGUUGCGCAUGAAUGUGACCAAGAGCCCUAUAUAUCGAUGA